ACAUCUGUGACUGUGACAUGAACCCUAGAAAAUUUCGAAAAUCUUGAUUGUGUUAGCUAAGCGCUAAGCUUUCCUGAUGAGACUAAUGACUAAACUUCCUAUCGUCACAAGAAUUAGAGUCGUCUUUGCUUAAGCAGCAGAAUUCAUCUGUUUCUUCUCUUUCUUCUAUUUUGAAUCUCGAUCUGGGAACUUUCUUCGGCUCUUUCUCUGAUACCGAGCAACACCAAGGCUUUGAUCAUUAGUCCGUGCCAAUUCUACUCGUAGAAGACUAGAAUCAGAAGGAGGAGAAAAUGGGAGAAAGAAAAGUGCUGAACAAGUAUUACCCGCCGGAUUUUGACCCAUCAAAACUUCCCCGGAUCCGACGACCAAAGAACCAGCAAAUUAAGGUCCGGAUGAUGUUGCCCAUGAGUAUCCGGUGCAACACGUGUGGAAAUUACAUUUACAAAGGCACCAAGUUUAAUUCUCGCAAAGAAGAUGUAAUUGGCGAGACAUAUCUUGGAAUCCAAAUAUUUAGGUUUUACUUCAAAUGCACAAGGUGCUCGGCCGAGUUGGCUAUGAAAACAGAUCCCCAAAAUUCAGAUUAUGUGGUGGAGUCUGGUGCAACUCGUAAUUUUGAGCCAUGGCGUGAUGAGGAUGAGGAAGCUGACAAGGAGAGAAAGAAGAGAACUGAUGAAGAGACAGGGGAUGCAAUGAAAGCUUUGGAGAACAAAACAUUAGAUUCCAAAAGAGAGAUGGACAUCCUUGCUGCACUUGAUGAAAUGAAAUCUAUGAAGUCUAGACAUGCGACUGUCAGCGUUGAUUCAAUGCUUGAAGCUUUGCAGAAUUCAGCUGCAGAAAAGGAGAAGAAGUUGGAAGAAGAGGAUGAAGCCCUUAUCAGAUCAAUAUUCCAUAAACCAAAAGAAAUUGUUCGAAGGAUUUCUGAUGAAGAUCUGGAUGAUGGAGAUAUGUUUCAGCUGGAAAGUGAAAGCAGUGAAAAAUCAAACAAUAACUUGAAGAAGAGAAAGGUUUCUGAAGAAAUUCCAAGUAAGCCAACUGAUUCUUUAAUAAAAGACAGCGUUGACAGCUCCAGUAAUAGAGAAACUGUGAAUGAUUCAGGUAUCAAAAGUGAUUCAAAGCCCCCUCAGAAAACUCCUUUGGUUAGGAUAGCAGUUAUCAGAAAACCACUUGUGGCCAGUGACACAAAAGUUGCGGCAAAAUCUGAGAACCAACAGGAAAGCACUGGACUGCUGUCACUCUGCCAGAACUAUGAUAGUGAUGAUGAGUAGUUCAGUUUUUUCGUAAAUCAAAGCUUUACACUUUCCUUGGACUCUUCAUUGUAAAAUUUCUGUUGAAAUCUGACCGUUCAGGAAAUAUAUGCAUAAUUCAUUUAAAACCACUACAUAAAUAGAUUGAACUUAUUUGUUGUUUAAAUUUUAAACAUGUUUAUUGAUUGGUUUUCCUAUUGAAUAGAAGGAAAACUACUUAAUAGUA